AUGAGUCCACAGAGUAAGAAGCAGUUCUGGAGCGCGUCGGCGUGGAAAGCUCGUCUGAAGCGUGGCAACAGUGCCCAGUCAACCACCAGCACCGUUGACGACUUUCUCUCCGCGCAAUCCUCCAUGGCCAGCAACCAGACUGGCCAGACUGACGUGGGGGAGGACCUGGUCGACGAGCAGACCGAAGUUCUCACUCGGUACUCGUCCUCGGUCUACUCAAAAGACGAGGACGGUUGCUCCAUGGUCCUCCCCCGAUCCGACGAUAAGAAGGAGGACGUGGAGGGACACCACCUCGUGAGUUUAGCUUAUCCACGUCUCUCACUUUUCUCUUAUUUGCCCAAUAGAAAUUUUCGAAAUGAUACGUCGGAGCUAACUGACGUGAAGCAGAUGUCGCCAAACCGACGACACUCUCGCCCGUACGCGGUGAGCAGUGGUGAGUGGGUGUUGGUGUCCACGUCCGACACUUCUCUGGGUUCAGUAGGAAGGGUCCUGUCCUUGGACGACCUGAAUGAGGUGCAGCUCGCCUACUCAUUUGAGGGAGUCCUCAAGGUCUUCAUCAAAGUCUAUGCGAUGGCCAAAGUUGUGCAGGUUAUCUUCCUGAACUUUGGUGCUGAGGUUAGUAGACCUUCCUCCCAUUAUUAUAAGGCAACAAAUAUGUGUAUGUGCCUGCAUCCGCUAACGUUUCAUAUCCUUGAUCAGCUUGACGACACUGAGACAGGCCUUUCCUAUUGGAUCAGUCGUGCGGAGAGAGAGGUCCGAUCUGGCGAGCUUGCCAUUUUGAUUGAGAUUGUGGAGAACCUCUUCUACGCGCUCUAUUCCCGCAUGAUCAUCGAAAUGGCCGGCAUCGAGCUCUGUGCUCUCUUCAAGAUUGAACUGCGGCCCCCGACUGGCUCUCGACAAUUCCGCCUUCCCGACCCAAACCACAUGUACCGCAUCUUCCUCGCCUGCAAGGACAACCUUGACAAUUACAAUGUCUGCGAGUUGCUUCAGGAAGGGAUCGUGCACAAGUGGCAGGAUGCUUUUGUUCGCCGCCUUGCGACAAAGGAGACCAAGAAAGGGUUCACCGCCGAUGAUAUGCUAGGGUAUCGUCGGUUCGCUCAGAACGUUGUCUCGGAUCACCGUUCUGCAUACCUGAGCAAAUGGCGCUCCCUGGUCCCAUUCUUCCCUUCCAUUCCGAAAGAGAUCCUCAUCGUCAUGUCCGAGAAAUGGUUCACCGUUAUGCCAAAGGCCACACCUCCUGACGACGUCCCCGCCUCCGAACUUCCUUUUAUCAACCUCAAACUUGUCAAUCCCUCGCAAUGGGAGAAAGAACUCAUCUUGGACCACCGGCUCGCAAGCAUGGGCAAGCUAGAAGGCAGGUCAAUUGGAGAUGAACGUCGCGACGACCCCAAGAUCCGACUCUUGUACUUGGCCAAGUGUCACAAGUGUAUCUGUACAUCGACCUGUCUGUGUUCCAAAGAGUGCACUCGUCACGUGGAAAGCGCCUGCCCAUGCUCUGAACGAUAUGUACGCCUGAUGACAGCUCGUCUUAGCAAAGAUCCGGGCCCGUUUGAUUUCUCUGCCCGUGCGAACACGGCUGCUCGCGCGUGUUGGGAGGGGCUCGCAAUGCUUCGACGGGACGUUUCAGACGAGGCCUUCCUCCUCGAAUGGAGCGAGGCUUUUGCAGUGUUUGAGUUGGAGAUUCAGAAGGAACGUUGGGGUAAGCAGGCUUGA